AUGGCUUCUUCAACUCAAGAACAUCAACUCCUGCCAAACCUCUACGCCGGCGCCACCUCAGCUCCGCCGCCAACACCAGCUGCGCACCACGACAGCCUCCUGUCCUCCGCUGACGCCGCCGACGCGCUCUCGCGCCUCCUUCACCGCCUCCCGCCCACGCUCUCCCUCCCCACGCGCCUCUCCUCCUCUUCCUCCGCAGCCGCCACGUGUCCCCCCUCCCUCUCCUCCCUAAACGACAUCCUCUCCUGCGUUUCAAAACUUGGUUUCGCGCAACUCACUGAUCACUCGGUUCCCCCGGAACUCGCCAGUUCGGCUGAGUCAGAAGCGUUUGCGCUCUUCGACCUUCCUCGCGACAAGAAGGAGUCUCUCAUCACCAAAAGCUGGCCUCUCGGCUACGGGGGCGGCGAUGAUGACGACGAAGACGACGACGGAGUUGCUGAGUCGUUCCGCUUCGAUUCGGCCUGCUCUACCGAGUCGAGCGAGUUCGCUCUCGUCUCUCUGCGCGAGUUCGCACGCGCACUGGAGAAGCUGGGACUGAAGAUCGUCGAUGAGUUAACUAAGGCCUUGGGCUGCGAGAACCCAUUGGGAGAUGACCCGAACCAGUUCCAUUCUCUUCUAUGGGUCUCGGAGUCUUCGCCCGGAAACAAAUCGGGUGGGUUUUACCCGUUUAUAAUCGCGCUGCAGUACCAGAUUAGGAAUCAGAAGUACUCGAUGCUGUCGGAUUCGGGAUGGGUUUCCGUGCUGCCACACGUGGACUCGAUUUUGGUCACUGUUGGCGACAUUGCUCAGGUGUGGAGCAAUGGAAAGUUGAAGAAGGUGAGAGGGAGACCAGUGGCCACAGUGGGAGAAGAAAAUGGUUCACGCUGCAUAACAAUGUCAUUGCUGAUAACUCUUCCCACAGAGAGCAGAGUGGGUCCACUUCUUCCCAAGGCAACCAUUGGGAGCAACAAGAAUGAGGAAAAGGAAGAAAUUGAUGAAGAAAAGAAUUGUGGUGAUGAAGGACAAGAAAGGGUGUUCAACUCUUUCGAUUUUGAGGACUAUGCUUGGAGAGUCUACCAUGAACUCAUCCUUUUCAAAGAUCCAUUGGAGAGGUAUCGUGUUGCUUAG